GUAGAACGCAGAGAGGGAGUGGGAGGGAGCAGGUAAGAGAAACAACAGGAGAGAGACAAGUGGGAAUGAUGGGAGAGAGAGAGAACAGUUGCACAUACUAGAACCCAAUCAAGAAGCUGUUUUCAUCACCAAGGUGGAACGUCCUUCAGGAUCAGCACGAGAGGGAGCACGUUUGGACCAAAGAAGGAUUCUACGCUGUGGUCAUCUUCCUCACCAUCUUCAUCAUCAUCAUCACCUGUUUGAUGGUCCUAUACCACCUGAAGGAGAAGGUCGAGUACUCUGACAGGCAGUUUAAGGAGCCCCCCGCGUGCCGUGACGUCCCACCUGACCCCUGUGGCGGUCCACGGCCCCGCCCAACCUCCGACGCCCCCUCUUCCUCCCCAGCAGCAUGGUGCAGGCCAAUCCCGUGCCCGCACCUACGCCCACGCCUCAGCAGCCAUCAGAGCCUGCCGUCCUGUGCCCUCCGCCCCCGUGCCAAUCCCUGUCACCAACGGCAACGCCCCGGCAUCCAAUCACGAGCUCAAGCCUGCCUCUCCGCCAGCCCAUUCAGGAUGAAGUCAGCCGCUGGUCUGCAGGAGAGGAGAGGCUCCAAUGUGUCCCUGGUGUUGGACAUGUCGGCCCUGGGGGCGGUGGAGCCCCUGAACUGUGGGGUGGUGACCCCAAGAGAGAGGGCCUCUCAGGAGUACCUGCUGUCGGCCGGCCGGGCGCUCACCCGGCAGCGGCUGCAAGACGUGGUGCUCCACACACAGGCGCUGCAUGCCGAGUUCGCCGAAAUUCCGAUGAACUUUGUGGAUCCCAAGGAACUGGAUAUUCCCAGCCAUGGAACGAAGAACCGCUACAAAACCAUACUGCCGAACCCCCACUCCAGGGUGAUUUUGAGGACCAAGAAUUCGUACAACCCACUCAGCAGCUACAUCAAUGCCAACUACAUCAGGGGUUACCUAGGAGACGAGAAGGCCUACAUCGCCACGCAGGGGCCGAUGAUCAACACGGUCAACGAUUUCUGGCAGAUGGCCUGGCAGGAGGACGCACCCGUCAUCGUCAUGAUCACCAAGCUGAAGGAGAAGAACGAGAAAUGCGUACUGUACUGGCCCGAGAGGAGAGGGAUCUACGGCAAGGUGGAGGUUCUGGUCAACAGUGUGAGCGAAUGUGACCACUACACCACACGCACGCUCACGCUCAAGCAGGGGGGUCAGAGUCACGUGGUGAAGCACUACUGGUACACAUCCUGGCCCGACCAUAAGACACCCGACAGCGCCCAGCCCCUCCUUCAGCUCAUGGCUGACGUGGAGCAGGACAGACAGGCCUCUGGCUCUGCUGGACCCGUCAUCGUGCACUGCAGUGCUGGCAUUGGUCGGACAGGCUGCUUCAUCGCCACGACAAUAGGCUGUCGCCAGCUACAGCAGGAGGGAAUGGUGGACGUGCUGGGGAUUGUCUGUCAGUUACGAGGAGACAGGGGGGGCAUGAUCCAGACAGGAGAGCAGUAUGAGUUUGUCCAUCACGCCUUGAGCCUCUAUGAGAGCCACCUCUCUGCAGACACCGGCCAAUGAUUGACCAAAGGAAGUUGACACCGGAUUGGCCAGCUUUACCAGGAAGUGUAAACCUUCCAUGGUGGGCAGCUGGCUCCUUGGAGGCUGACUCCUGAACGAGGAAGUGAGGUGUGGAUGGGCGAAGGCGUCUAUCAAACACAGACAAUCAGGACUGCUGUAGAGUCAGAGACAGAGGCAGGGACAGAACGUUUCUUAGAAUGGAAUGUAUCCUUUCUUCUUCUCUACUUCCUGUUCUUAUUCUUCUAAUACUUCUAUUUCCUGUCUCGUGAGAAGCUUGAAGUACCUUGUGAAGGACCUGCAUACUUUACUGCUUGGCCAGUUAGACUGCUCUGUGUCUACUGUCUAACCACUCUCUACUUUGUCAUGGAGACAAUAGGGUUUACUUGGAUGCUAUGUGGUUGUCAUGGAUACUCUAUGAUUGUCAUGGAUACUCUGUGUUUGUCUAUGGCGAUGGUGUUAUAAAGUAAGAUACAUGUAGAAAUGUAGAAAUAGCACUUUGUUUCUGUGACUUUUCUGUGAGAAUUGUUUUCAACAAUGAUUAGUACAGAGUCACAAAGGGUAAUAACGUGAACCAGACUGUUAGCUCAUAGCUAGGUGGUAACACCUGUUACUGUACGUUAAGAUCAUUCAAAGUUCCAUGCCAAAGCUUGUUUCCAUUUGUACCUGCAUAGUCCCACCCUAGAAUGGCCUGUCAUCAUAGCAUCAUCAGUGGGUAAUAUCUCAGUUAGCUCUCAGCUCCAGAGGUUUCGGUGACAUUGUUUUAUCGACAUUGACAAUUCACCACUGCAGCCUACCAGCUUCAGCCACUGUGAAAGGCGUUUAGAGGAUGAUGGUGCAGUUAUUAUAAAAUUCUCUGAUUGUUGUGUCUGUGUUUCAUCGCAGAGUCGUGUAGAUAUAUAUUAUUAUUUUUAUACAAUAUUGACAUGUUUUGAUAUGUGUGCAACCCAUGAUAUUUGCAUUAGUCUGUGGUAGAAUGGAGGUUCCUCUCUGACUGUCUGAAUGGUUUAAAUCAUCAAUACAUUUAAAUGUUCUCGCUUAAAAUAAGACAUUCAGCUCACUAACGACUGUUAGUUAAACAGCUAAUCCAAUAGCUAGAGUCACAUUGUUGUCUAAACCACAGAUUAUCCAAAGAUAAGAACUGGACUUCAUUCCAUAGAAUUCCAAAACUAGUUGGAAAACAAAUGGCCUCUAUGUCUUCCCCCUCC